AUGUGUUGUUCAGGGCCUUGGAAUACUAUAUUGGCCUUGGAAGUUGUGAGAAAUUAUGUGACCAGCUGUCCUUCUGGCUGGUUUGGAUCUCAGUGUAAAUACAAAUGCCGAUGUGUCAAUAACGCGUGUGACGCUAGUGGACAAUGUGCAGGUUCCUACACUUGCCAGGGCGGAUGGUUCGGUCCUGCUUGUCAAUAUGCUGAUCUGGCGUUUGCAGCCGAAAAUGCUUCCGCUCUGACAGACGGAGACGACAGCACUUGCGAUGUUGCUCCAGAUGUUAAUAAGACGUUGGUUACGUUACAAGAACCAACUUUUUUCACAUGGCUCAGAAUCCGGGUCACAGACGAUGGUCUGUCUGUUUGUUCAUCUAUCUGCCACAUGUCAGUCUGCCUAUCUGUCAGUCUGCCUGUAUGUACAUAUCUGCAUGUGUAG